AUGGGUAUAAUUUGUUGUAAGAUAAAAAAAUACACAGAAACAUUUUCAGAAUCCUGUGAACAACAAAAAACAGAUGAAAAAAUGAAAAUUCCUAUUUCUUCUAAAAAAAAUAAAUCAAAAUCAUCAAAAAAAGGGUAUAUGCUUUCAAAAGAGAAAAAUAUAGAAAAAACGGAACAUGAUAUUGCUUUUUUAAGAGAAGCAACUGCAAAUGCAGCACAAGCAAGAUUUGAAAAGAAUAAAAGCAAGGGAAUAUGUACGCCGGGUAAACUUUCUUCUCAGUUAGCUGCAGAAAAAAAAAAAACACGUUUAGAACUAUUAGAAGAUAUUUCGCGGGAGAAGCAGAUAGAAAGAGAUCAAAAGCAAAAAAAUGACCUAAGAUGGGAUUAAUUUAUCAAUCAUAAAGAUAAAUAUUACAUUUCAUACAAAAAAAUUUAGAAUCUUGAUAUCAUUUAUAAAACAGAAUAUCUUCCGCUUACUCCAGAACGUA